UUUUUAUCACGUCACUUGUACCCUCACUUUGCGCCAAGGACGAGCACUGCUUUCKCAGGUCUUCAAGAGAGAUUUGUAGCCAAAAUCAUGAUGAACGUAACUACAGAACAGACAAUCAAAGACAUCCAAGAUAACUUGAAUGAGUUAUUCUUGCUGGUAAUGGGAAUCUUUGUCUUCUUUUUACAAGUUGGCUUUGCGUUCCUUGAAGCAGGAUCAGUUCGUUCAAAGAACACCACGAAUAUUCUCCUGAAAAAUGUCCUCGAUGUCUUCAUUGGAGGAUUAGCAUUUUGGUUGUUUGGCUACGCRUUUGCUUAUGGCGAGGAAGGCAACGAGUUCAUUGGUCACAGCUACUUUGCUUUAGCGAAUGUGCCCGCUUCAAAAUACUCCCAUUGGUUCUUUCAAUUCGUGUUUGCUGCGACGUCGUCAACUAUUGUCAGCGGUGCGAUGGCUGAAAGGACUGARUUUUCAAGCUACAUGGUGUAUUCUGUAUUUUUGACAGGUUUCAUUUAUCCGGUKGCGGCGCACUGGGCCUGGAGCAGCGAUGGAUGGCUUGCUGUUGGAACAACCUUUACCCAAGAUGGUGUCGAGCAAACCGUAACUUUCAUGGACUUUGCGGGCAGCAGUGUUGUUCACCUGCUUGGUGGAUCAUGCGCACUCGUCGGCGCUGCUUUGGUAGGGGCAAGAAUUGGACGAUUUGACGAGAAUGGCAAACCAUUGGUCAUACAAGGACACACAGUUCCGAUUGGCGCUUUGGGAGGUUUCAUCUUGUUUUUCGGGUUCUUUGCGUUCAAUGGCGGCUCGCAAGGAAGUAUUGCCWCAAAAGGAGAUGCAGCAGUCGUUGCUUUGGCCAUUGUGAACACUAUUGUCUCAGGCGGUGGAGGAGCUAUCACAGCUAUGGCCAUCAAGCGUAUGGGAUUUGCAGAAAAGAAAUGGAGUCUGCUUAUAACUAUCAAUGGUGGCCUCACCGGAAUGGUUGCCAUCUGUGCUGGAGCAAAUGUUUACCAGCCAUACUGUGCGAUAGUAGUUGGGAUUGUUGCAGGGCUGACCUACACGCUGUGGAGCUGGGCAGUUUUGAAGCUCAAGAUCGACGACCCUGUUGACGCAGUUGCUGUACAUUUAGGRGGCGGCUUUUGGGGUACUCUUGCUGCUCCUCUCAUGGCAUUUGACACRGGUGUGUUGUAUAAGUGGGACCGCCGUUCAUUCGUUCAAUUUGGAUUUAACUUGGCGGGUAUGUUGUCAAUCAUGGUUUGGGCUAUGGCUUGUGCCUUUAUYAUGUUUGGAAUCAUGCGACUUGCGAAACAACUUCGAGUUGAUGCUGAAAUCGAAGAAAAAGGUCUCGACAUUUACAAGCAUGGUGAGCCUGCAUACCCACUGGCCAGUUAUGGUAAUGGCUGGACAACUCCCAUUUCUGUUUCACCAAGUUUCAUCGUGGGCCGACAAGACAUUGAAAAUGGACAUGCGAACGGCACUGUUGAGAUGAAGGAAUCCCUCGGACGUACAAAUCACGGAGCUCUUGAUGAAAAAUUGUAAAAAUUUUCUUUGUAAAUUUUAGCUACUGGCUAGUUACACGUCACACACACAUGCGACACGUAUAUUAUAACAAUCCCGUAUGGCCAUCUAAUGCAAUUCAAUCCAUGCGCCGGGAAUACACGCUUACGACAUAAAUCAGAAGUAGCUUUAAAACAUUCUUAUUUUUAAUAAUUCAAAAAUUCAACAAGGCCAUAUAUGAUGUCCUUUAUGAAGCAAUUUUUCUUGAUAUUAUUUCUUUCUAUGACUCAGUUGAACGGAAAUCUUGUGCCUCGUUUCCUUUGUUUUGAUUUGACUUUCGGCUUUGUCGUAAGCGUCUAUGGCUAACACAAAAUAUUCACACCCGGAUGUACUGAAUUAAGAAAAUAUUGUGGUAAAAAAGCUUUCCGUCGAUGUUUUAAGAGGGAUAUUCAUCAUUAUUUGAUAAUGAAAGUUUUCCUAAGACCUAAGAGCUCAUUUCAAAUAGGUAAUGUGCAGAUAUUCCAGAUUUCGCAGCAAAGCAUGGUGGUCGUUGUAGUCCUCGUAGUCCUUUUUGUUCGCUAAAACAGWCCUUUUAAAAUGUUUUUGUUUUUUCUUAGCCAAAAUAGAGGUUCUUUUGUCAUAUGUUUCUACAAAGAAAGCGUUAAAUAGGCUUUUAAGGAGAUAUUUAUGGUCUAGGAUAAGUGUGAGGACUACAACUACCAUCAUGCUUUGCUAAAUAAAAUGGCAUCGCCGCACAUUGCCUAUUAGAUUUUUCCACAUACACCAUAAAAAAUCACACCAUUUAUGGAAUUAAGGAACAAUCAUAUAACAUUGUAACUAUAUAUUUAUGUAUAUUUCCGCUGCAAAAUAAAAUGAUUCUUUGAA